UGACAGACAGCAAAAAAAUAGAAAAUGCCUGUUACUUCAAAAAAAUAUGAAUACAUCUAUUGAUAAUUUACAACAUAUGAUGGUUGAACCACCACCUUUUGAUAUAUAUCUUUGUGACAAUUGUGAUGCCGAACUUUAUUCUAAACAAGCUAUAUUGGAACACGAAAAUAUUUGUUGCAUGGAGGAUGAUGUAAUAGUUUGUGACUCCCCGGAGCCUGAAAUAAAACAUGAUGGAAAAAAUGAAAACAACGAACUACGGAAUGCAUUUCUAUUGAAUUUUAGCCUUCAAUCUAAAUUUUCGGAAUCCCGUUUUUCUAAUGAUAUACAAAAAACAUAUUUAUUUCGUGAUGAAGUAUUCAUGGACUCAACGCAAAGAAAUAGACGGCUACCAUCGCGAAGAAAUCGAAACGUACAUUCAUUUAAUAGGUGUUCGUUUAUCCCAAUAUCAUCUCCCGCAGGACAGAAACUUUUAAGGUCUACAAAACAAACAGUAUCUGUGGAAUAUAUAUCCGAGAGGCAGGAACGUCUUGACCGAUUUUGUUAUACUCCUUUAAUUUUAAAGUCAAGUACUAAACAAAAAUUGUUCGAAAAAAAAACCAGUGCUAACCACACUCAUUGUACUUUUAAAAAAUCCCACGAACAUAAUUUUCAUAUAUAUUCAUUUCCAAGACGGCAAUUUGGAAAACGAAGAGAUAUAACUCAAAACUUCUUGUUUCUGAAUUCUCCGUUGCUUAAGCAAUGCCGUCCGAUUUCAGUCAGAUUGAAAAAAAUUUCUGAACAUAUCCUUGGAGAUCAAAUUCCCAUUACAAAUACAAAACUUAACAUAAGACUAACUCGCAAUAAUUCGCUUAACUCUAAUUGGAGAAUUUCACCAUCCAGCCAAGACAUUGUAGACACUAUUGAUUUAUGCUCAUCAGAUGAGGAGCAACAAGAGCAAACUAUUUUAUAUCCGAAAAUACUUGGUUCUGACGCACUUGCUAUAAUAUCACUUACGCAUAAAAACAGACUGACCAGUAAAAAAACUGAUGUCUUAAGCCAAACAAAAUUUCAUUCGGAUCCACAAACAUUAGCGGAUAACUCCAUCAAGCCACUUCAACAAUCUGUAUAUAUAUUUUCCAAUUACAAGGCUAGCUCAGUUUUAAGCCGCUGCGCUGGCGAUUCGAAACUAAAUCAGUCAUUAGUAACUUCUUUAAAUACAUCGAAUACAUUUUCUGAUUCUCAAAUUCACCCAAAAGAAUAUAAUCAAGAGAACUGCAAUUUUUCAAAGAAUUUAAUAGCUGUUACUGAUUGGUACGCACAUUCAGCUACUUCCGAAAAGACACCAAUAAAUCAAACAACUGACAGUAAUACAUUUGAAUCCCUUUCGGCAGCCCAGCCUUUCAACAGUAGUGGGCGCAUCAUUUCUAUUGAUUUGACAACAUAAAAACUAAAAUCUCUAAGUUAUUAAAGUACAUUGUUAUUUUACAAGGACAACAAAGCUAAUCACUGAAAAGUGUAUUCCUCGAAAAAUACUAAAUUUCUUUAAAAAGAUAAAAUUUUCGGUUGUACGAGGGAAUUCUUAAAUAAAAAUAAAUUAAUUUUUUUUAUCAAAAUGUUUAAUUAUUUACUCUACGUUGACCUAGUUAAUUUUCAUUUUACAUGUCCUAGUGAAAAUUAAAUGCGUCCACAUGUUUUUUAGGGUUAAACCACAGCAACGGUGCAGUGUCGAAUGGGAGUAAAAGCUCUCUCUAGCUUAGAUCGCCUUCGUCUAGAAAUGUCUAGCUAUGCUAAAUCAGCAUAACAUCGCUGCCGCGGAAGAGAGUCUUCGUUUGCCUUUGGUCGUACACAUAUCGACGAACAGAACCCGCAGCCGGUUGCGCUUAAGCCCGACUAGAACAUUAAAUUUACCAAUCUUCUAGUAAUAUUAAAGAUUUUGUACAAUAGAAGUAACCUGCGAAUUUGUAUAAGA